UGGAACGCGGCGCUGGCGAGGAAGGCUGGGAGGAGGCGGCCGCUCCGCGCUCUGCGUCCCCAGGACUUUGCCAUGGGCUGGGGGCAGCGGCGGCAGCAGCAGCGCCAGCAGCAGCAGCAGCGCCAGGACGGCGGCAGCAGCGGCAGCAGCAGCAGCCACAUCUGGACCAGAACCUAAGGAGGGGCGACGAAGGGGGAAAUCGAGCGGGGGAUGAUGGCAGCGUCCAGCAACUCCAGUUUGUCUGGCUCCUCGGUUUCCUCGGAUGCUGAAGAAUACCAGCCUCCAAUAUGGAAAUCAUACUUGUAUCAGUUACAGCAGGAAGCACCAAGGCCCAAGAGGAUCAUCUGUCCUCGGGAGGUGGAGAACAGACCAAAAUAUUAUGGAAGAGAGUUUCAUGGGAUCAUCUCUCGCGAGCAAGCCGACGAGCUUCUUGGGGGUGCCGAGGGGGCGUAUAUUCUCAGAGAAAGCCAGCGACAGCCAGGCUGCUACACAUUAGCACUGAGGUUUGGAAACCAGACCCUUAACUACCGGCUUUUCUAUGAUGGGAAACACUUUGUGGGAGAGAAGAGGUUUGAAUCCAUCCACGACUUGGUGACAGAUGGCUUGAUCACGCUGUACAUAGAAACAAAAGCCUCUGAAUACAUUUCCAAAAUGACAACAAACCCUAUCUAUGAACACAUUGGCUAUGCCACUUUGCUAAGAGAGAAGGUAUCCAGGAGACUGAGCAGGUCAAAAAAUGAAUCGAGAAAAACAAGUGUAACCAGUGAAGAGCAUCCAGCAGUUGAAAAGAUUUCUUCUCUGGUCCGAAGAGCUGCCCUAACGCAGAAUGACAACCAUUGCAACUAUGAAAAGACCCACAACUUCAAGGUCCACACGUUCCGAGGACCACACUGGUGUGAAUACUGUGCCAACUUCAUGUGGGGACUCAUCGCACAGGGCGUCAGGUGCUCAGACUGUGGCCUGAACGUCCACAAGCAAUGCUCCAAGCAUGUUCCCAAUGACUGUCAGCCAGACCUCAAGCGCAUCAAGAAGGUGUACUGCUGUGAUCUCACCACGCUGGUGAAAGCCCACAACACCCAGAGGCCCAUGGUGGUGGACAUGUGCAUUCGGGAGAUCGAGGGCAGAGGUUUAAAGUCAGAAGGCCUCUACAGAGUCUCAGGAUUCACCGAGCACAUUGAGGAUGUCAAGAUGGCUUUUGACAGAGAUGGUGAGAAGGCAGAUAUAUCUGCCCACAUAUAUCCAGACAUCAACAUCAUCACAGGAGCCCUGAAGCUCUACUUCAGAGACUUACCAAUUCCUGUCAUCACCUAUGAUACCUACUCCAAGUUUAUAGAUGCAGCAAAAGUCUCCAAUCCAGAUGAGAGGUUAGAGGCCGUCCAUGAAGUCUUAAUGUUGCUGCCCCCUGCGCAUUAUGAGACACUCAGAUACCUAAUGAUUCACCUCAAGAAGGUCACGCUGAACGAGAAGGAGAACUUCAUGAACGCCGAGAACCUUGGGAUCGUGUUUGGCCCCACCUUGAUGAGGCCCCCUGAGGAGAGCACCCUCGCCACCCUCAAUGACAUGCGGUACCAGAAGCUCAUUGUGCAGAUUUUAAUAGAGAAUGAAGAUGUUUUGUUCUAAGUAGAUGGGAAGUGGGCUGUGUGGCCUCAGCCCAGCCCCAGCUGAUAAGGCGAAAGGAAUGAAAACAGUUCUUUUUUUGCCUGGCUUUAUCUUUUAAACAAAGAAAAGGAGGUCCCGGCCCACCGUGGAAUGUCUGUGUCUCCCAGACAUGUGUCCCUCUCCUAGAAAGAAUGAGGGGGAGGGAAAGAAAACCUUUUGCCUUGUGUCUCCGGCCUGGCCACUCAUGUAUAUUUGUUCUGAGGAAGAGCACUGGAUUAUUGUUUCUUUAACUUAUUCAAAGAACACAGACCUUUUCAUCAGCAGCGUUUUCAGACGUGCAAAUGGCCCCUUGCCGGGGGGCAGCUUCUUAAGACAUUUCCCACCUGCUAAAAAGACAAUUCUUUAAGUCAAAUGUUGGACAGAACAUAUUAUAAAAUUUAUUUUUUACGUUUAUGAAUGGCAAGAAUGGUAUUUUAUUUUAGCAAAAGAGAACUCAAUGCAGUGCAUUUAUUAUUGCCCUUUGGUAGGCCCUAGCCUAAGUUCUUGCGGGAUCCCGUGAAAAUGUGGCCCGCUCCUGCAGUAUUAUCUUGGCAUACCUCUGGUAUAACCAGCUUCCCCUGGCACUCCAAAUGUCCCGCGCACUCCAACUUUCAUCCUGUUGUAGAGCACAAGCAUGGUGGUCCUUCCUCCUCCCCUAAGACCAGCAUCAGUUUUCUAAGGCUGAGUUUGGAGAAUGGCCUUCCAUCCCCCCAUUGGGUCUUCCAGUGCGGGUCACUUAGAAGGGAAGGGAGUGGGGGGCUGUGGGAUGCAGGUUAUACUUUGGCCACAGGCGUAAGUGACCAUUUGGCUUCUUUCUUCUUUCUUGAGAGAGCUUUGAAAGUUAACUUGUUCAAGGCAGAGGUAGCCGUUUGCCACAUCAAUGUUCACAUGAAGGUUAAGCUGCAGAAAAAAGUGAUGCUUCUGCCCAGUGUGUGAAUUCCAUUCCAACCCAACAGCUUUUAUUAAUAAAGUGCCUACUAUGUACAAGGCACCGCGCUGGGCCUGGGGAUAGAAAGACCAAACAAAAGCCCAUCUUUACCGCUGAGGGUGCUCUCUUUGGGCUCUCCUACAAGUAAGCCAAUAGGUCAUUUUCUUUUCUUCAGGGGGAGUUGGUAAAUUUAGUUCUCCCUCAGAGUUUGUCAUUCCUCUCAGAAGCUGAUCUGUAAUUGAUUAUUUAAUCUCAUCCUGUGAUUGCUUCUGUUUUCUUUAUGUUGUUCAUCUAUUUUCUUAAAAAUAUGCCUCUUUGCACCUAAAUUCCCACCCAAACAAAACCUUACAAAUAUACUCAAACCACUGCCCACCCAGAUUGUUCCUGGUUUAGUUUUUUUUUUUUAAUCUUUUCAUCUAAUUGUCUGGAUCAAGUGAUUUAAUUACUCACUGUUCUCUGAAUGAUCUCGAAAAGCAAAAUUAAUCAUUGAUAUUCCAUUACGUGCAAAGUGAAGCAGAGAAGGAGGAGGAGGAGGAGAAGGAAGAGUGCAUUCUUCGGUCCUCUCAAAGACAGAGGGGUCACGCGGGCUAUGGGCCUGGGCAGCACGAUUGCACAGUAUGAGUGUGUGUGUGGGUGUGGGUGGGUGAGGGUUUGGGGGUGGUGCUUCCACUCUUGGACUUCCCCAUGACUGUGCAGCUUUGUCGUAGCGUGUGUAAUUCUUGAUACUGUCAUAAAAAAAAUUAUCUGGAAAUGGUUUUAUUUUGUGAAGUGAACCUGCUUUGUAAUUUAUGAGAGUGUAAACGGAAGGAAGAAACAUUAAAUGUAUCGAGAGUU